AUGAGUAUUUUCUCAUAUGUGCGGAGCAUUUAUGCUCUAGAUACCAUCGAUACACGCUUCACGAAUUCUUCUUCAACUCCAUAUGAAAUUGAUCCUGCUGCAGCAAAGUCAAAACGAGAUGACUCGAAACCAGGCGAAGGGGUACGAACAGACAGUAAUGGCAGACCAAUUGCUCAGCCGUCGAGAUGGAACACCACAGAGUUUUAUUUUUAUUACUUCGUCUUCUUAACGGUCGUGCCAUACAUGUUUUGGAUCGCCUACGAUGUGUCUAGACCUUCCGAUCCUAAUUACCACAAAUACCAACACCUUCUUUCUGAUGGAUGGAUUCCUGGGCGCAAGAUUGAUAUUUCGGAUGCACAAUAUUAUAACUUUCGAACCAAUGUACCAUAUCUCGCAAUUCUCGUCGUUUUUCAUCCUCUCCUUCGACGAAUAUAUGAAUUUCUCAGACCCAUCUCUGCUCGAGUAGGAUCGCCGAAACUAAACGGCAAUAACACAUACAUAUCUGUGGCGGAAGGCAAUGCGAGACUUCAACAACGUACCGGGUUCGACUUCAUUUUUGCUUUCAUAUACCUCCUCGCUUUGCAUGGAUUUUCCGCUUUUAAAGUCAUUGCGAUAGUCUAUACAAACUACUGUCUGGCCACUCGACUUCCUCGAAAGUUUGUGCCUGUAGCAACAUGGAUUUUCAAUAUCGGUAUAUUGUUUGCCAACGAGCUCUCAGAUGGGUACAGAUAUACAUCAAUAGCACAAUAUUUAUCUCCCAAGAAUGAAGCCGGUUUCCAAGAAGGGGCUAUGUUGCAUAGCUGGGCAGAGUGGAUGGAUAGUUAUUCGGGCAUCAUUCCACGAUGGGAGAUUCUGUUUAAUCUUACUGUCUUGAGAUUGAUCAGUUUCAAUCUGGAUUAUUACUGGAGUUUAGAGAAAGGAGCUGGAAGUGCAUUAGAGGUAGGUCAUCAUCAAAGUGCCGUCCGUAUGCUCUCAUCUAAUACUAAUGCGCAAAAGAAGAAGCAACUUAACCCUGCCAAUCUUUCCGAGAGAGAUCGUGUUUCGAUGCCUGCGCCGGACAAAGACUACAAUUAUCGAAACUACUUCGCAUAUGCGAUUUAUGCCCCUUUGUAUUUAGCAGGACCAAUCUUUACAUUUAACGAUUACAUUUCUCAGUCGAAAUAUCGCCCUGCUAGCAUAGACAGUAAACGAACCUUUAAGUAUGGUAUUCGUUUCCUACUUUGUCUGUUGGCAAUCGAACUUCUCCUACAUUUCGAUUAUUGUGUGGCUAUUUCCAAAGGCAAUCCCAACUGGUCUGAUUACACCCCAGCUCAACUGAGUUUACUCUCAUAUUUCAAUCUUCAUGUACUAUGGUUGAAGCUUCUCUUACCUUGGAGAUUCUUCAGACUUUGGUCUCUCAUCGAUGGAAUUGACCCUCCGGAAAAUAUGCUUCGCUGUCUUUCCGAUAACCCAUCUACUGUUCAAUUCUGGCGAAGCUGGCAUCGCAGCUACAACCGCUGGAUCAUCCGCUACAUCUACAUCCCUAUGGGAGGUUCUUCAUCGCAAAAUUGGAAAGCCCAAGUCCGAUCAAUUGUCAACUAUCUCGUUGUUUUCACAUUUGUCGCCUUAUGGCAUGAUAUAAGUCUUAACCUCUUGGUGUGGGGCUGGCUCAUAGUUUUCUUCAUGUUACCGGAAGUUAUUGCUGGCAUGCUCUUCCCAAGAAAGAAGUGGCUCAAUGAUCUUACAUAUUACAGAGUCAUUUGCGGUAUUGGUGCAGUGGCGAAUUUAAUGUUCAUGAUGAUAGCAAACUUGGUUGGGUUUGCUGUCGGUGUUGAUGGGUUGAAGAGCAUUAUUUCUGGCAUCUUCAAGGACUUUUCAGGAAUCGUUUUUCUGAUUACGGCCUGGGGUGCACUUUUCGUUGGGUGUCAGGUUAUGUUUGAAGUAAGGGAGAGUGAGCACAGAAAAGGAAUUUUCCUAAGAUGUUAG